AGUAUGCAGACAUCCCUCGGUAUCAGUGAUAUGUUAUGUUCUAUGGUUUCUCUUGCAUUUAAAUUUUUGUGAAUAAUCAAAAAAAAAAAUCUUCUAUGAUUUUCAAUUGGAAUGCCAGGCUUAUUAUUGCCAUUGACUAAUUCAUCAGGGUGCUGAAAUUUAUAUGAAUAUUUUUUUUCCACAUAUCUUGAUCCGCAAGGAAGGAUAUAAUAAACUAAUUAAUACUUUUGUCAAAAGUGUUUGUUUAAUUACUCAUGCUGGUGAGCUGUAGAGACUUUUAUAUAUUUAUGUUGUGGCCUCAUCUUUCUGAGAGAAACCUGCAACUUCACCCUCUCAAGAAUCAAGAAAACAGAGCAAUGGAGAGAAGGGAAGAUCUUGAGACGAUUUUAGCCUACUUGCCGCUAGUGAUUCAGGAUUCUUCACUGUCUUGGCCGUCAUCGCACUUGGUGGAGGUUUUAGAAGCUUUGACCAAAGGACCGAGUCACAGCCGAGUUGACUCGGGACAAACUCUGUCUGAUAUCAUCUCUGACAUGAGACAAUCUCUCUCUUUGACUUCUCAUCUUUCUUAUUCAGCACUUCAAGGCUACGCUCUCUUCUUCGACGAGAAAAUGUCAAAAGAAGAAUCAAGCAGAUGGUUCAACGAGGCUUUGCCUGCAAUGGCUUGUCUUCUUCUGAGAUUCCCAUCUCUCUUGGAACUACACUAUCUAAAUUCAGAGAAUAUCAUCAAUGGAGUUGAAACCGGUCUUCGUGUCUUAGGCUCCAACAAAGCAGGCAUUGUGUUCCUCAGCCAGGAACUUAUAGGAGCCUUGCUUUCUUGUUCUUUCUUCUGUUUGUUUCCUGUCGAUGAUAGAAGCUCGAAUAGUCUUCCAAACAUCAAUUUCGACAAACUAUUCGGAAGCCUAAUCAGCACGGGACGAAACGAGCACCAAGAGAACAAGAUAAGGUGCAUAGCUCAUUACUUCCAGAGGAUAUCUUCAUGUAUCCCUCCUGGAUUCGUCUCAUUCGAACGGAAGAUUCUCUCUUUAGAACAAGAUCAUUCUGGCCUUGAAGCCUUUCCUGAUGAAGGCUUUUGGAGUACAUCUAAUGUCAAUCUCUGCCCUGUUGAGGUUCACACUUGUGGUUUGAUAGAGGAUCAAAGCGUUGAAGCUCUUGAAGUUGACUUCGCCAACAAGUAUUUAGGAGGCGGCGCUCUUCGCAAGGGAUGUGUCCAGGAAGAGAUUCGGUUCAUGAUAAAUCCGGAAUUGAUCGCUGGUAUGCUCUUCUUACCAGCCAUGGAAGUCUCUGAAGCAAUUGAAGUUGUUGGUGCCGAAAGAUUCUCUCACUACACAGGAUAUUCAUCUUCCUUUAGGUUCUCUGGUGAUUACGUAGACACAAAGGAAAGAGAUGUUUUCGGAAGGCGAAAAACAAGAAUCGUCGCCAUAGAUGCUCUGCGUCAUCCAGGAAUAUCCCAGUACAAACCUGAAUGCCUCCUCCGGGAGGCUAAUAAGGCUCUAUGUGGUUUCCUCCAUGUAUGCAAGAAGCAUUGCAUAGAUCAUGAAGGUGGUGUUGGUGUUGCUACAGGGAACUGGGGAUGUGGUGCUUACGGUGGAGAUGCUGAGGUCAAAUCUCUCCUUCAGUGGAUUGCUGUUUCUCAGGCAAGAAGGCCUUUCAUGUCUUAUUACACUUUUGGAUUUGAAGCACUUCAUAACCUAAAUCAGGUAACGGAAUUGGUUAUAUCUAAAGGAUGGAGGGUGGGAGAUGUAUGGAAGAAGCUGGUGGAGUAUUCGAACCAGAGAUUAAGAAGCAGCAAGAAAAGAAGAGAGCCUAAAGUUGGUUUGUUUGAUUGGCUUAUUUCUAGCAAUGCUGCUUAAUAGCAUUGGCCUCCCAACUUUUUUCUAAGCAACAAAAGAUAAAUUUGGUUUUUAGCAGUGUGUACCAUUUGUAUUUUCGAGUGACGUCUUUAUGAAAAUAAAUUGAAGUGAGAAGUAAUUAAAACUUG